ACCAAAUUUGACUAGAAAAAAAAAAUGAAACCCAGAACGGAGAAGCGAUUCAGCGGAGAACCCAUAAAUUUGAAGAGGGAAAAUUCAAAACUUUACCAAGAAAAAGUUGAGAGCGGCAGUGGGCGAUCUCGAUCCUGUAGUGAAGGAUGUGACCGCAAUGUCUAAAAAUAACGAUAAAAUCGGUCGAAGGAAGGAAGAAAAGAAGCGACCUUUUCAUCAAUGCGUGAGGCAGAUGAGACAUUCUUCAAGAACUGGUCUACAGGUUCGAUUGCGGGAGCCUUCCGGAAGAUGUCUCUGUCUUCUGGCUGUGAUCUUGAAGAGGCCAUGUCCGACUGUGAACUCGUGCCCCCUGUCCGUGAUAGAGAUCGCACCAUUUCUUCGCGUCGCAAAUGAAGUAGAGCCGAUCAAGCGAAAUCUGUUGCAAACCAGGCCGUUUCUACGGCAUUUGAGAAAGCACGCAAGCUGUCUUUAGCAGCAAAAUACAAAAGAGAGAGUUCUCAGAAUGAGAAUGCCUGCUAUAAUUAAUUAUCAGCAAAUACCGAGCUGGUUCAGGAAUUUAGCCGAGCAUCGGACCGGUCACUAAACCGGAAAUCGGGGCGCCUAUUUGUGCGCACCAUCACCGAGGGUCCAAAGCCGGUCCCUCGCGCCCUCGUUCGCUUCUUCUUCCCUCUCUUAGACUCUACUGGGUUUCUUCCUCCAUUGCUGCUACUCCAUAAUUUCCCCCCAAACCCCUUGUUUUUCCCGUGCUUAAUCGCCAUUUUUAAGCAUCUCCGGAGCUUCGUCUCCACUUUCACGCUUCUGCAACGAGCGAGAGACAGCCGCUUUGAAAGAAGAUGAGUACGGUCGAUAAGAUGCUGAUCAAAGGAAUCCGGAGCUUCGACCCGGAGAACAAGAAUGUCAUCACUUUCUUCAGGCCUCUAACCCUUAUCGUCGGCGCCAAUGGAGCUGGGAAAACUACGAUUAUAGAGUGUUUGAAGGUUUCUUGCACCGGAGAGAUGCCCCCGAACGCAAGGUCCGGCCACAGCUUCAUUCAUGAUCCCAAGGUUUCGGGGGAAACAGAGACGAAAGCACAAAUUAAGCUGCGAUUUAAGACAGCUGCGGGGAAGGAUGUGGUAUGCAUAAGGUCAUUUCAGCUGACACAAAAGGCUUCAAAGAUGGAAUUCAAGGCAAUCGAAAGCGUGCUUCAAACUAUUAAUCCGCACACCGGGGAGAAAGUAUGUCUCAGCUACAGAUGCGCUGAUAUGGAUAGAGAGAUACCUGCUUUGAUGGGUGUAUCAAAAGCUAUCUUGGAAAAUGUUAUAUUUGUUCACCAAGAUGAGUCUAAUUGGCCACUCCAAGAUCCUUCUACAUUAAAAAAGAAGUUUGACGAUAUCUUCUCUGCCACCAGGUAUACUAAAGCUCUGGAGGUUAUUAAGAAACUUCACAAGGAUCAAACUCAGGAGAUAAAGACAUAUAAGUUGAAAUUGGAGAAUCUGCAGACCUUGAAAGAUGCGGCUUAUAAGCUCCGGGAGUGCAUUGCCCAAGAUCAAGAAAGGACGGAGUCUUCGAAAGUUCAGAUGGCGGAACUGGAGACCAGCAUUCAGAAAGUGGAUGCUGAAGUUCAUAAUAAGGAGAUGAUGUUGAAGGAUCUGAGAAAGCUACAGGAUCAAAUAUCAAGAAAAACUGCUGAAAGGAGCACCUUAUUUAAGGAGCAGCAGAAACAGUAUGCAGCCUUAGCUGAGGAAAAUGAAGAUACUGAUGAAGAAUUGAAAGAAUGGAAAACUAAGUUUGAAGAAAGAAUUGCUAUUUUGGAGACCAAAAUCCGCAAAUUGGAGAGAGAGAUGGAUGACACAGAAACUACAAUAUCUUCUCUUCAGAAUGCGAAAACCAACUGUAUGCUAGAGAUGAGCAAGCUUCAAACAGAGGCUGAAGCUCACAUGUCUCUGAAGAAUGAAAGAGAUGCUACUAUCCAGAAAAUCUUUUCGCGUCACAAUUUGGGGACUAUCCCUAGUUUCCCCUUCAGUACUGAGGUCAUUUUGAACCUCACAAAUCGAAUAAAAUCAAGGCUAAGUGAAAUUGAGGUGGAUUUACAGGACAAGAAGAAAUCAAAUGAAACAGCAGUCAGCACCACUUGGGAUCGCUAUAUGGAUGCAAAUGACCGUUGGAAAAGUGUUGAAGCUCAGAAACGAGCUAAAGAUGAAAUCAAGAGUGGCAUAUUGAAACGCAUAGAAGAGAAAGAAAUUGAGCGUGAGACAUUUGACCUUGAAAUAUCUAGUGUGGAUCUUACACAGAUUGAUGAAAGAGAAAAGAAUGUGCAACUUGAGCUUGAAAGAAAGACAAAGCAACAUUCUGAACAGGACUUUGAAUCCAAAAUAGAGCAGAAGCAGCAUGAAAUAUACAGCAUAGAGCAGAAAAUUAAGACUCUUAAUCGAGAAAGAGAUGUUAUGGCUGGUGAUGCUGAGGAUAGAGUGAAAUUGUCUUUGAAGAAGACGGAAGUGGAGAAUGUCAGGAAAAAACACAAAAAGAUAAUAGAUGACUGCAAAGAUAAAAUUAGAGGCAUGCUGAAGGGGAGACUGCCAGCUGAGAAGGAUUUAAAGAAGGAAAUUGUUCAAGCCUUGAGGUCAACUGAAAGGGAAUAUGAUGACCUGAGCUUGAAAUCCCGAGAAGCAGAAAAAGAGGUCAACAUGUUACAGAUGAAGAUACAAGAAGUAAACAAUAGUCUAUCCAAGCAUCAGAAAGAUAAAGAAUCGAGAAAGAGAUACAUUGAAUCCAAGCUUCAGGUUUUGAAUCAGGAAUCAUAUACCAUUGAUGCUUAUCCCAAAUUGUUGGAGUCUGCCAAGGAAAGAAGAGAUGUCCAGAAAAGCAAAUAUAACAUUGCAGAUGGAAUGCGACAGAUGUUUGAUCCUUUUGAGCGAGUGGCCCGUGCACAUCAUGUCUGUCCUUGCUGCGAGCGCCCUUUCUCUGCGGAAGAGGAAGAUAGCUUCGUUAAGAAGCAAAGGGUCAAGGCUUCAAGCUCUGCAGAGCAUGUCAAAGUAUUGGCCUCAGAGUCAUCAAAUGCUGACUCUGUUUUUCAGCAGUUGGACAAACUUCGCUCUGUAUUUGAAGAGUACUCUAAACUUACUAAUGAAACCAUCCCUCUUUGUGAAAGAAGCUUAAAAGAGCUCAGAGAAGAGCUAGAGCAGAAAUCUCAAGCCCUUGAUGAUGUCUUGGGUAUCUUAGCUCAAGUAAAAGCUGACAAGGAUUCAAUCGAAGCAUUGGUACAACCCCUUGAUAAUGCUGAAAGGCUUUUCCAAGAAAUUCAAACCUACCAAAAGCAAAUUGAAGAUUUGGAAUAUAAGCUGGAUUUCCGCGGUCUUGGGGUUAAAACUAUGGAAGAAAUCCAAUCAGAUUUAAGUAGCCUCCAAAGCACAAAGGAUAAAUUGCAUGAUGAGCUGGAGAAAUUGAGGGAUGAACAGAUUUAUAUGGAACGUGAUCUAUCAUGCCUUCAGGCCAGAUGGCAUGCACUGAGAGAGGAGAAGUCUAAGGUUGCUAAUUUGUUACGUGAUGUUACAAAGACAGAUGAAGAGUUAGAGCGUUUGGCGGAGGAUAAAAGUCAAAUUGAGCUCGAUAUGAAGCAUUUGAGCGAGGCUCUUGGCCCCUUAUCAAGGGAGAAAGAGAAGUUACUGAGUGACUACAAUGCCUUGAAAGUUAAGCUUAAUCAGGAGUAUGAAGAACUAGCUGAGAAAAAGAGAAACUACCAACAAGAAGUUGAGGCAUUACUCAAGGCCAAUUCUAAGAUUAAUGAGUAUAAUGAUCUGAAGAAAGGAGAGAGAUUGAACGGUAUUCAAGAAAAGCAGCGGGUCUCUGAAUCUCAGCUCCAGACAUGCCAAGCCAAAAAAGACGAAAUUUCAGCAGAACUGAACAAAAGUAAAGACUUGAUGCGAAAUCAAGAUCAUUUAAGAAGAAAUAUAGAGGAUAAUCUGAAUUACAGGAGAACUAAGGCUGAAGUUGAGGAGCUUACACGUGAGAUUGAGUCGCUGGAAGAGAGCAUACUGAAAAUUGGUGGGGUUUCUGCCGUCGAAGCUGAACUUGUAAAGUUAUCGCAGGAAAGAGAGAGACUUCUUUCAGAGUUGAACCGCGGACGUGGGACUGUGUCUGUUUACGAGAGCAAUAUUUCAAAGAACAGAGUGGAACUUAAACAGACGCAGUACAAGGACAUAGAUAAGCGGUACUUUGAUCAACUCAUCCAGCUAAAGACAACUGAAAUGGCAAACAAAGACUUGGAUAGAUACUACAAUGCCCUUGACAAAGCACUGAUGCGAUUCCAUACGAUGAAAAUGGAGGAAAUAAACAAGAUUAUAAGGGAACUGUGGCAACAGACGUACAGAGGUCAAGACAUAGAUUACAUAAGAAUACAUUCAGAUUCAGAGGGUGCAGGCACUCGUUCUUACAGCUACAAGGUUCUUAUGCAGACCGGUGACACGGAACUUGAGAUGAGAGGACGAUGCAGUGCUGGUCAAAAGGUUCUUGCUUCCCUGAUCAUACGAUUAGCUUUGGCCGAAACAUUUUGCCUCAACUGCGGAAUAUUGGCCCUUGAUGAGCCGACUACAAACUUGGAUGGCCCAAACUCCGAGUCUCUAGCAGCGGCCCUCCUCAGAAUUAUGGAUGAUAGAAAGGGACAGGAAAACUUCCAACUUAUAGUCAUUACACACGACGAGCGUUUCGCUCAACUCAUCGGACAGCGGCAGCACGCAGAAAAAUAUUACCGCAUCUCGAAAGACGAUCUGCAACACAGCAUAAUCGAGGCCCAAGAUAUAUUCAACUGAUGAUGAGCCGUUAGUGAAGUGGUAAGUUUCAGUUCCAAAGAUCCUGGAUAGAUUUGUUUUGUCUUAGGCUUUUGUUUAGUAUCGAUUGACUUUAGGGUUGUGGCCCGAAAUGUGAAGAAUUAACUGAACCCGAUGUGCAGAAUUUUGCUUAAACCAAAAAUAACCGAAUGAAACUCUAAAUGUUCAUUUGGUUAAGUUCAGAA